UGGUUGGGUAUUUGUCGGUCAAGAAAUGGGGUAUCUUGAUCAAGGGGCAUUACGAAGGUAUGAACAAUCUAAAUGCCUACUUCGCGCUUCCGGCUUACAGUUUCAUGGUUAUUGCUACAUGCGACUUGACUAAAAUGGACAAGGUUUUCAUUAUCGCGGACACCAUUGGCAAAAUCGUCUUACUGAUAUCUCUAGGGUUUUGUGUCCGAAGUCUUCCCAAGAAACACACUUUCGCCUCCCGUUUUCAAUGGUGGGCGACAUCGUUCAUGAUCGCCACGAUAACGAACUCGGUUAUCAUAGGAUUCCCCCUUGCGGAGGCGAUGUACGGUGCCGAUGCCAUCCCGCUGAUGGCACAGUUGGUGGUCGUGAAAGGGGUGCUAUGGUUCCCGCUUGUGCACAUGCUUUGCCAGAUGUGUCCGAUCUUCUGGAAAAGGGAGGAUCACAAUAAACUGGAUCCCCCAGGCGGCACGAAAGUGAAACCAUCUUGUCUAUCUUCUUCCCAAUCUCCUGUCACUGCUGUCAGCGAGGAGAUUCUGAAUAUGCCCAGGCCAUCAGAUCACGGCGGGAAGUCUAAUUCUGAGCUCGCCAGCAUUGCAGUAGUCCGACAAUCAGUACACCGCCGACGAGAUGCAAACGGGGCGGACAAUCCCCAUGCCAUUGAUCCUUACCAGUGGAAAGGGGACUCCGAUCCGAUGCACAAAGUCGAAGUCGUCACUGGAAGCCCCUCAAGGGAGGAAGAAUUAUGUCUCAAGGUAGAAAUGUAUGAUGCCACGUCGGUCACAGGUCCUGUAAGGGCUGCUCCGUCUGUUUCUGCUGAUGCAACUAGUCUGCGGGAAUUCGGUCAAGCCAACAAGGCCACCGCUGAAGUGCAGCGGACAAGUAGUGACACCGCCGACAAGUUGAAGUUGUCUUGCAGCUCUGUCUCAUUGGAGGCCGCCACCACAGCUGAAAUGCAGAUUCAGGUUCAAAUGCCAGUUAUGGGUCAAACUCACACUGUGACUCGACAGAAUCCAGGUUCUGCUGAUGAGGAGGAGGCGGCUCAGGUGGGUGAGACAAGCCGAGCGGCGGGCUGGAGAUGUGUUCCGGCGGGAAGUGACGAGACGACGGAGGCCGCAAGUCGGGACCCACAAGGCACAAACGCAUGCGGGCUUCUUCAGUCGAGGAUGAACUUCCCCAUGUCAUUGAGUGCUCAUCGGAGUGCGCGCAAGAUGGACCCGAAGAUGCCCUUGGGGGAGGAAGGUUCGACACAAUGUCAACCCCACGCAUCGGGUAAACUAAAUCCCAAGUUGGAAUCGGAGAAGGAUCCGACGUCAGACUCUGAGGUUUGCAAGGUCGUACGCCUCACUGCCAAGGCAUUCCUAAAACAGCGAUUACUGUUUUCAGGCCUGCUUGGCGUUGCUUUCAGCCUUCUAGCUUCCAAGUAUGGAUUCGAGAUGCCGACCGUUAUGCGGAAGACGGUGAGUAUGUUGAGCAACAUGUGCCUCGGCUUGUCCAUGGUCAGCCUCGGGCUGUUCACCGGAUGCCAGGCGAGCCUGAUCCCGAUUGGAUGGUGGACUACCACGUGGACAUUCUCGUUGCGAUUCGUGUGGGGACCACUUGCGGUAGCAGUCAUAAGCUAUCUCUUCGGAUGCAGAGGGCUUACUCUCAAAGUCGGCCUCAUUCAUAACGCACUGCCACAGGCGGUAAUGUCCUUUGUGCUUGCAUCUCAGUUCGAUGUACACCCAGAUGUCCUGGGCACAGGUGUUUCCUUCGGCACUCUGGUGUCGAUGCCGCUUCUUAUUAUAUACUAUGUGGUUUUGGAGCUGCUACUGUGAAGUCCUAUUGAUGCUUCCAACGAGG